UUUUGCUCGGAAAUUGAACUCAAGUCUGAGAAGAAUCGGAUCAAAAUCGAAGUUGAUGAAAUCGAAUUGAACUGGAAACUAGGAAAAUUACGCACACGAUGAAGGUGAAGUCUUAAACCCGCUAUAUAGGAAGGAGGGUACUAAGCACAUAUUUCAUGAUUGAUGGGCCUAUUUUGUAGGGCCUUUUCUUACUGACGAGAAUUGAAAUAAAAAUAGCCCAAUACAGGAGCCCAGAAAGAAACGAGCCGCCGGGAUAGAACGAUUCGCAUCCCCACGGAUCCACCACAGAGGGACACGAGUCGCAUUAAAUAACAAAGCACUUGUUUAUUUUUGGUAUAGAUCAUCUUCAUCGUAUAAAACUACAUCACCCAUUAAAAUAGUAUAUCUCUGUCUCUCUGAUAUCUAUCUCUCUUUGUUCUUUGGCCGUUGACUACGACGAAAAAUAAAGGAAAUGGAGAUUUUGACGAACAUAGCUGUUACAGUAGUAACAACUAUCUUCAUCGUUUUGUCUUUCACUCUCUAUCUCACGCUCAGAAUCUUCACCGGGAAAUCAAGAAACGACAAGAGAUAUGUUCCGGUACAUGCCACGGUCUUCGAUCUUCUCUCCCACACCAACGAUUUGUACGAUUACGAGGCAGAGAUCGCAAGGACAAAGCCAACUUUCAGGUUCUUGAGUCCAGGACAGAGCGAGAUAUUAACUGCUGAUCCUCGGAAUGUGGAGCAUAUUCUCAAGACAAGAUUCGAUAUCUAUAGUAAAGGACACAGCAGUAGAGAGAAUCUUGCGGAUCUUUUGGGACAUGGGAUAUUUGCUGUUGAUGGUGAGAAAUGGAAACAACAGAGGAAGCUUGCGAGCUUCGAGUUCUCUACUAGAGUUUUAAGAGAUUUUAGCUGCUCUGUUUUCAGGAGAAGUGCAUCUAAGCUUGUCGGUUUUGUCACGGAGUUUGCUCUCUCUGGAAAAUCCUUUGAUGCUCAAGAUAUGUUGAUGAAAUAUACACUGGACUCCAUCUUUAAAGUUGGGUUUGGUGUGGAAUUAAAAUGUUUGGAUGGGCUUAGCAAAGAAGGGGAAGAGUUUAUGGAAGCUUUUGAUGAAAGUAACGUUGCAACUAGUUCCAGAUACAUCGAUCCGCUUUGGAAGCUGAAAUGGUAUCUUAACAUUGGAUCACAAUAUAAGCUCAAAAAGAGCAUUGCUAUUAUAGAUAAAUUUGUCUAUAGUCUAAUUACGACUAAACGGAAAGAGCUUGCGAAGGAACAGAACACUGCCGUUAGAGAGGACAUACUAUCGAGAUUUCUUGUGGAGAGUGAGAAAGAUCCGGAGAACAUGAAUGAUAAGUACCUGAGGGAUAUAAUUCUGAACUUCAUGAUUGCUGGGAAGGACACAACAGCUGCAUCUCUUUCUUGGUUCUUGUACAUGCUCUGCAAAAACCCACUUGUUCAGGAGAAAAUCGUACAAGAAAUAAGAGAUGUGACAUCAUCAAGUCACGAGAAAACAACCGAUGUAAAUGAUUUCGUUGAAAGUAUAAACGAAGAGGCUCUUGAUCAGAUGCAGUAUCUCCAUGCAGCCUUGUCUGAGACCUUAAGGCUUUACCCUCCUGUGCCUGUGGACAUGAGGUCUGCAGAACAUGAUGACGUUCUUCCAGAUGGACAUAGAGUGAGCAAAGGGGAUAAUAUCUAUUACUUAGCCUAUGCAAUGGGUAGGAUGACUUACAUUUGGGGUCAAGAUGCUGAGGAGUUCAGGCCAGAAAGAUGGCUUAAGGAUGGCGUGUUCCAACCCGAAUCACCAUUCAAAUUCAUAAGUUUUCAUGCUGGUCCAAGAAUAUGUCUUGGGAAAGAUUUCGCAUACCGGCAAAUGAAGAUAGUAUCAAUGGCACUUCUUCACUUCUUUCGCUUCAAAAUGGCUGAUGAGAAGAGCAAUGUGUGUUACAAGAGAAUGCUUACACUUCACGUCGAAGGAGGACUCCAUCUAUGCGCAAUCCCAAGGACAAGCACUUGAAUCUACCAGAACACUUGCAAGAACACCUCAAAAAAACUCUUUCAUAGCAACACUAUACUUUAGUAUUACUCUGUUAAAGCAAACCCUUUAUUUACAUUUAUUAUUUGAUUACGUGCUACUAAAGAAA